AUGCCUAAGCUUCGCACGAGGUUAUACAAGACCGAUCGAGCUCGGGAUUUCGAGCAUGAACAGGAUCGCCGCGUCCGCAUGCGACAAAUCUACGAGACGAUAGAUCGGCAAUCAUUCCAAUGGAUUGUUGUACUUGUGGCUGGGGUUGGGUUCUUUCUCGACGGAUACACGUUAUUCGCAAGUAAUAUGGCCCUCCCGAUGAUCGCCUACGUCUACUGGAGAGAAGAAACAUCCUCAAUGAGACAGACCUAUAUCAACAUCGCUACGCUGGGUGGCACACUCCUCGGACAGGUGAUGUUCGGAUAUUUGGCAGAUCGCAACGGGCGGAAGAAGAUGUACGGGGUGGAGCUGGUGCUCAUGAUCAUCUCAACCCUGGGGGUGGUGAUGUCUUCCAACGGCGAACACCAGAGCAUGGAUGUCUUUUCGUGGCUCAUCUGGUGGAGAAUAAUCGUCGGGAUUGGCGUAGGGGCGGACUAUCCCCUUAGUGCUGUGAUCACAUCGGAAUUCGCACCCACAAAACAUCGCGCGCGCAUGCUAGCCACCGUCUUCUUUAUGCAACCUCUUGGCCAAAUCGCAGGGAACCUCGUCUCCCUGGUCGUUGUGGCAGUCAGCAAGAAACAAGGAUUCGGCGACCUCACUCGCACCGUUGAUAUCAUGUGGCGAUGGGUCAUCGGGAUCGGUGUGAUUCCCGGCGUCAUUGCAACACUCUUCCGAUUCGCCAUCCCCGAAAGUCCACGAUUCCUCCUCGAAGUCGAAGAUGACCCCGUGAAGGCCGAAUUCGACGCCACCAACCUGUUCAACGAGCCCUCUUCCACAUUCACCUCCCCAUCUAUCCAAACAGAAGACAGCUGGAACCACCUCCCUCUCCCUGCUAUAUCUCUCACCAACCAGUCCAUCGACGAAGGUCGAUCUCCCUCGCAGACUGAAUUCCUUCAACCCGCCACCCUCAACUCCCACUGGCGUCUCAGCCGCCGCGACAUCAUCCAGUAUUUCUGGACAGAGGGCAACUGGCGUACUCUCGCCGGGACCUCUCUCUCCUGGCUUCUUCUAGACUUUGGUUUCUACGGCAUCGGGCUAUCGAGUCCCCAGUUCCUCGCCAAAACCUGGGGCUCGCUGAAUAUCACGGGACAAGUUCCCCCCUGGCAGACGGACGACUCUCCCGGCGCAAACCUCUACGACAUGUUCCUGAACAGCUCCACCCAUGCCCUCGUCAUCCUCAACAGCGGUAGCUUCCUCGGCGGACUCGCCCUGAUCUUAAUCAUUCAUAAGCUCGACCGAACCGGACUCCAGAAAUUUGGCUUCUUGGCCCUAGCCGCCCACUUUAUCGCCCUGGGUACCAUGUUCAUCACCGUCCAUAAAGAAGGUCCCGUCGCGGUAGCAUUAUACAUUAUCGGCCAGGCACUCUUCAAUUUCGGCCCCAACGCAACAACCUACAUCCUCCCCUCCGAGCUCUUCCCAACCCGAUACCGCGCAACAGCUCACGGCAUCAGCGCAGGCGCCGGAAAACUCGGCUCGAUCCUCGUACAGAUCUUCUCCGCCUACUACAACUUCGGCACCGGCGUCGGCGACGAACCAACCAUCCGGCACGGAUGGAUCCUAAUCGUCUUCUCCGCAUGCAUGGUUCUUGGCGCCGCGGUCACGCACUUCUGGAUUCCCGCGGUGCAGGUAAGGGCGGAUGGUGGUGGGGGAAGGGUACGAACGACGACGUCGAUGAGUGCGGGGACCGGGCGCAAAAGGCGGGGCAAAUUUUGGGGUGGGAAGACGGUUGAGUUGGAGGUUCUUGCGUUGGGGAGGAUGGGCGAGAGGAGUCUUUAUUCGGGGUGGUAUUUGGGGGGUUCCUCUGCGUCUGGGGGGAUUGGGAGUGCCGGGGCGUCGCCGUUUUUCGGUGGAGGAGUGUAA